AACUUAAAAAAACUAAAGGAGAAGAGGGACCAUAUUAUAAAUGUGAGAAGAGUAAAGAGACUGUGAGCAGAAUUAGACCAAUCUCAAAAUAAUAAUAAAUAAAAGUUAACUUGCCAAAUUAAGCAUUGAGAAAUUCACGCGCCAGCAAGUCUCGUGGGCAUGACUUCAAUCUCAAGUUAUAAGAACACAAGCAGACGAGCAAACAAGACAAGAAUUCAGUCUGGUUUGAUUGGCGCAGAGAAGUGACUUCAACUUCCUUUGCUCAGCCACCUCCUCCGCCUCCUAGGCCAACCCACGGCCGCCACCGAGCUGCCUCGUUUCCUUUUCAAUAUUUGCUCCAACCUUCCACACCAUCACUUAACUUUCAAAGUCUCUUUUAUCUUAAAAAAGAAAAGAAGUUGAUUUUGGAAGAAACCCAAUAAACGGAGAAAGAACCGGAAAAUGGAGAUUACUGCCAGAGCUCCGGGGAUGAUUAUUCUCGCCGGUGAACAUGCCGUGGUUCAUGGAUAUACUGCUGUUGCUUCCUCCAUUGAUCUCUAUACUGUUGUCUCUCUUCGUCUUCACUCUGAGAAUGAAGAUUCAAUAAGACUUCAGCUCGAGGAUGUUGGAUUAGACUUUUCAUGGCCAAUCAAAAGAAUCAAAGAAGUGUUAUCUCACUUGGGUUCUCCAUUUUCUUCGACACCUACAUUAUGCUCAUUGGAAACUGUUAAAUCUAUUACUGCUCUAGUUGAUGAGCAAAGUUUCCCUGAGACAAGGAUUGGUCUUGCUUCAGGUGUUUGUGCAUUUCUUUGGCUCUACACCUCUAUCCUAGGGUUUAAGCCAGGUACAGUAAUUGUAACUUCUGAGCUUCCAUUGGGUGCUGCUCUUGGCUCAUCAGCUGCAUAUUGUGUUGCACUUUCAGCAGCUCUGCCAGCUUUUUCUGAUUCUAUGAAAUUGGAUGUGAAUAAAUGGGCAUUUGAAGAGGAGAAGAUAAUUCAUGGGAGACCCUUUGGUGUUGACAACUCAGUUAGCACAUUUGGUAACGUGAUAAGAUACAAGUGAGGUAGUAUGACUGGUAUCGAUUCCAAUAUGCCAUUGAGAAUGCUGAUUACCAACACAAAAGUUGGGAGGGAUACAAAGGCAUUGAUUGCCAAUGUUUCAGCAAGGAAAUCAAGGCAUCCCGAUGCCUUGUGUUGUGUGUUAAAUGCCAUUGAAUCUAUCAGCAAGGAAUGGUCUACGAUUAUCCAGUCACAUACUGUAGAUGAUUUAUCUGUAACUGCAAAUGAAGACAGGCUAAGAGAGUUAAUGGAAAUGAAUCAGGGUUUGCUCCUAUCUAUAGGUGUUACCCAUGCAUCUAUAGAAACUGUUCUUCAAAUAGCAAUGAAGCAUAAGCUAGCUUCCAAGUUGACAGGAGCUGGUGGUGGAGGUUGUUGGCUCACUUUUACCUACUUGUAUCCUCAGCUACCAGGAGCAAUUGUGGAUAAACUAGUCAAGGAGCUAGAAUCAUACGGGUUCCAAUGUUUCACAGCUAGGAUUGGAGGGAAAGGAGUCCAAAUUUCUUUUGAUGGAUGUUCCUGAUUCCCUUCCCCAUAUCUGAAAAUCGCAGUUAGAUCUUCCUCUGAAUAACAACAUGAAGACUGUGUUAUAGCUACUUCUGUUUAUAUCUGUUUUCUGUACUAUGCUAUAUAUCCAGAAUGGAGCAAACAACUGCUGCAGAAAACAACACUGCUGUAGCUGCUUCCAUUCUCCUAGGUAACAUUAGUCUGUUGUUUUGAAUUUGAGUUCACUGUAAUCUUUUGGCCUCAUGUUAAAGACCUACAUGUAAGUUUUCUUUUCCCACAAGGCACCAUAUGAAGAUUGUGUAUGUUAAAUGCGUGCUUAUACCAGUGUGACAGAAACAAAACUAUGCAAAUUUGCAUUUGUUUUUGUUACCUUUCUGUUUCCAUUAAGCAUCAAUGGUUACUUUCCUCUGAAAAACUCACUCGCACUGAUCGUGACCUAUGUUUUUUUGCAUUAGCAGCUUUGGCUUUAAUGCUGCAUCCUAUUGAGGCAGCUUCGUAGUCAAAUCUUUAUGGAAAGGCCUUGUAUCCAGUAUGUACUCAAAAACUUUUGCUACAGACUUACAAAUGCAUAGUGAAAAUUGAAGGCAAAUCACUAG